AUGGGGGAGCAGAAAGUGAGCAGACAGUUCAAGCAAUGUCACAGGACAACAUCCUGGGCAAAGUCAAAACUCUUCAGUCGACUAAGCAGUAUGUUCCUGCAACAAUUGGGCAAGAACAUCAAGUUUGGGCAGCCCCCACUCAGUGCCAUUCCCAUGAAGAAGGCAGACAGUGGAGAGGCUAGCUUAGAAGAGGAUCUGUUCCUGACCAGUCCCAUGGAAAUUGUGACUCAACAGGACAUUGUCCUCUCAGACACCGAGAACAAAUCCAGUGAAACGCCAAGUUCUCUCAGUCCUUUGAAUCUAUCUGGAGCUGGAAGUGAGAUGGAAGAGAAGGUUGCUCCAGUUAAACCAUCUCGGCCAAAAAGGCAUUUCUCUUCUGCUGGAACCAUUGAAAGUGUCAACCUAGAUGCCAUCCCUCUGGCCAUUGCUCGCCUGGACAACAGUGCUGCCAAGCACAAACUGUCUGUUAAGCCAAAAAAGCAGAGGGUAUCAAAGAAGCACAGGAGACUGGCCCCGGAUCGACAAAAUGAGCAAGGUGACCUGGAGGGACAGCCAUCCCUGAACCAGAAUGGACACCCCAGAGAAGACAAGCAGAUUUGUCAUGGAGAGGAACCAGAGCCACUGGAUUCCGAGGAAGAGAAAAGACACCAAGAAGAAUACUGGCAGGAACUUGAGGCCAAGUGCAAACGGCAAAAGGCCGAGGCAGCAGAGAGGAGACGCCUAGAAGAGCAGAGGCUGCAGGCCCUGGAGAGGCGGUUGUGGGAAGAGAACCGAAGGCAGCAGCUCUUGGAGGAGGAAGGAGAGGAGGAAGAAGGGAAGAAGCAAGAACCUCUGCUAGACGUAGAGGAAAGGAGGCGGGAGGAAGAGGAAAGGAGGCAGGAGGAGCUCAGACACCAGGAGGAACAGAGGAGGCAGGAGGAGGAGGAGCAAAGACUGCGGGAGAGAGAAGAAAAGCGGAUGAAGGAGCUCAAAAGGGAGGAGGAACUGGAGGAACAGAGGAGGCAGGAGGAGGAGGAGCAAAGACUGCGGGAGAGAGAAGAAAAGCGGAUGAAGGAGCUCAAAAGGGAGGAGGAACUGGAGGAACAGAGGAGGCAGGCGGAGGUGGCCAAGCUUGUUCAGGAGGAGGAGGUGAGGAGACAGGAGGAGCUCAAAAAGCAGGAGGAAAUGGAGCUGCAGAGGAGACAGGAAGCCGAAAAGAAGCACCAGGAAGCCCUGCAGAGACGGGAUGAAGAGAGGAGACUGGAGAGAGAGAAAAAACGGGGCUUGUGGAGCCCACUUCAGAAUGACUUUGAAGAGAAGCCAGGAGAACAAGAAAACGUGAAAGCCAAAAAGCAAAGAGAAAGCUCUGAGGAGCCGCGUAUUGAUGAGAAGCAAAGGUUUGAGGCCAAGCCGUCAAGAGAGCAGCAGGGAAAGAGGGGAUAUGUUCAUGGGGAUGACCAUCGCUUACUUCUGGAAAAGAGAGAAGAACCUAAAUCAGAACCUCCCCAGAAGAAAGAGGGGCCAAAGCAAGAAAUACUGACUCCAGUGGAGAAGAAAGAAGCAGUCACUCCAGAAGCAGAUCGGAAGGUGGAGGAACUCAGGUGGCAGGAAGUGGAUGAGAGGCAGACCAUGCCCAGGCCCUACACAUUCCAGGUGUCCUCAGGAGGGAAGCAAAUCCUCUUCCCCAAAGUCAACCUGACCCCAGUGACUCCUGGGAAGGACACGGGGCUUGUGUCUGCUCCCCUUGAACCAAAGGCCCACAAAGCCAGCCCAGCCUCUCACACUCUGCCCUCAACCCUGAGCAUUCCCCACACAGCCAUUCUGGUCACGGGAGCUCAGCUCUGCGGCCCAGCCGUCAACCUGAACCAGAUCAAGGACACAGCGUGCAAGUCUCUCUUGGGCUUGUCUGAAGAAAAGAAGCACAUGGACCUCCCCACCGUGGAGAACCCACCCCGAGCCCCCAGUGACUCCCAGACAAGCAGUGGGAAGGCCAAGCCUCCACAGAAGUCUUUGAGCAGUGGGGCAGCACUAGCUGAAUGGGCUUCCAUUCGGUCCAGAAUCCUGAAGACUGCGGACAGUGACCAGCGUGCUGAGAGAGACCAGAGGUCAGGUGAUGAGUUGACUCCCAGGGGCCGAUGUGAUUCUCGUGGAAACCUCCGGAAGACCCCACCGCUCAAUGCAAAGUUCUCUAUUAUGCCUGCCUGGCAGAAAUUCUCUGAUGGUGGCAUGGAGAUCUCCAAACACAGCACAGAAGCAGAAAGUAUUCAAAAAAGACCAGUGUCAGAACCCAGUGAAGAGUCAGAGCCCCUGCCUCCAGCCACUGGUCCUCAUGAGCACCAGAAGAGUCCAGAGAAACUGGGGGUGCAUCAGGAGCCAACAGACACCACCGAGGGAUGCAAAUUUGCCAAAGAUCUUCCAUCCUUCCUUGUUCCGAGCCUUCCUUCUCCUCCACAGAAGAUGGUGACCCACACAGAGUCCGUGAGUACUUCAGAAAGUGAGACUACAAGUGGUAACAGGAAGCCAGACCACAUGAUGGCGGGUGGGGAGGAAAAAGCCUCACCUUUUGGAAUAAAAUUGAGGAGGACCAACUACUCCUUACGCUUCCACUGUGACCAACAGACGGAACAAAAGAAGAAGAAAAGGCACAGCAGCACAGGGGACAGUGCUGAGGGGGGCCCUUCUGCUCUGGAGAGCACAGGUGGAGAGAAAGAGACAGGGGAUGUGGCCCUCAAGCAUGGCUCACCCCUCACCCAAGGGAGGAAGCCGUCCUCAACCACCAGAAAGGACUCCACAGAAACCCCUUCCAGCCACUCACCUCCUGUGUCUCAGCCCGGGCCCCCACCACUCAACAGCCAGACCCCAGCUGCAGAUCAUGAUAAGGUAGCAAAUAAAAUGUCAUUGGUGCAGAAACCAGCUCUGGCUCCUAAGCCCACCAGCCAGACCCCACCGUCAUCCCCACUGUCCAAACUAAGUAGGCCCUACUUAGUCGAGUUGCUGGCCCGCCGAGCGGCCAAGCCCGACACCGAACCCAGCGAGAGGGCCAAAGAGAGCCAGGAGAGCAGUGACACCUGGCCACCCUCACCACCACCCCCCGAGGAAAGGAAGGGACAGAAGAAGGAGGAGGAGGAAGAGCUGCCAGAGAGGAAACCCUCUUCCCCGGCUCUGCCUGCUGCUUGCCAAGAGAAGCCUUCCCAAACACGUGAAGGUGGGAGGAAAGAAAACCUGGUGCUUCAGAGCAGGCACUCUUUAGAUGGCUCCAAACUCAUGGAGAAAGCUGAAACUGCGCAGCCACUGUGGGUUACGUUAGCACUGCAAAAACAAAAGGGGUUUCGGGAGCAGCAAGCAACGCGAGAGGAGAGAAAGCAAGCCAGAGAAGCCAAGCAGGCAGAAAAGCUCUCCAAAGAAAACGUCAGUGUCAGCCCGCAGCCUGAAAGUGGCAGUGUCAGCAGAGCUGGUUCUCUGCACAAGUCUCCUGCUCAGCCAGCAGAAGAGAGGAAGCCAGAGACCGCAGUGGCUAGGCUCGAGCGCAGAGAACAGCUGAAAAAGGCCAGCACUCUUCCUACAUCUGUGACAGUGGAGAUCUCGGAUUCAGCUCCCCCAGCGCCCCUGGUGAAAGAAGUGACGAAGAGGUUCUCCACGCCAGACACUGCCCCUGUGUCCACAGAACCAGCCUGGCUGGCUUUGGCCAAAAGGAAAGCCAAGGCCUGGAGCGACUGUCCGCAGAUUAUUAAGUAA